ACUAGAAUUGGUAUUUUUAAUGUUGUUGACCAAACAGAGCCAAGUAGGCAGGGUUUUGAAGUGAUCAGGUGUUGAUCAUAGGUAGUGAUAAGCAUUAUGGUAUAGUUGUAAUAUUACACACGAACUAUGUCGUCGUUUGUUUCGGGUACACCUUAGCCCAGCAUUGUAUUGUUUGAUAUAGUAUCAUGUUAAUAUGGCACUGGAAGACAACGGUGCUACGUGGUUGUUGGAAUUGGAAACUGCUCUAGAAGAAGAAUGUUCUGCAGCAGACAUUUACGCUAUUAGUAAAGGAAGAUGUAUUCCGGAUUCGGUGCGACCAGAAGUUUGGCAAGUUUGUCUAAGUGUUCACAACACAGGAAAUCAACUACUCCUCUUCAAUGAAAUAUUUGAUCUUCCUCAACAAAAUUUACUACGUAAGGACUGCCAAAUUUUUGUUGAGAAUCUUGGAAAUGAAGAUGAAGAUAAAGUGUCCAUAACGUCAGAUUUAGAGUCUCUUCUCACUUUCUACUGUAAAACAACUGGCUUCCAGUAUGAAACCGGCAAUGGUUGGAUUGAAAUUUUGCUUCCCCUCAUGUCACUUAAACUGCCUCUGGAAGAUACCUACAAUCUCUUUGAAGCAGUGAGAAAUUUAUACAUUCCUAGAGCAUAUGAAAAAAAUGGUUCCUGUUUCCAACUAUUUCGGCUACUGUUACAGUACCAUGAUCCAGAACUGUGUUCAUUUCUCGACACAAAACGUAUUGGCCCCGACAAAUAUUGUACGAAUUGGUUUCAGUCCCUGUUUGCAGCUACAUGCACUCUACCGGUUGUUCUGUGUAUGUGGGAUAUUUAUUUUCAACAAGGAGAUCCUUUCUUGGUUUUCUUUCUUUCUUUAGUCAUGGUGGUAAACGGAAGAGAUCAAAUUCUGGAACUCAAAAAUGAAAAUGAACAACAAAUAGUGGAGACCUUGUCAUCAAUGCCAUGUGCACUAGAAGCAGCUGAUGUACCGGACUUUUGUUCCCUUGCCAAAUACUACGCCCUCAAGACACCCUCAUCUUUCAGACGAGAACUGGAAGAUGAAAUAUUUGGUACUGGAGAUAUAUUACAUUCUGCAGAAAAUCUAUCUCAAGCUCUUUGCCUUCCAGUGGAUGUUCAGGAAUUGGUUGACAAUAUUGAUUCAGCAUUAAAUCCAGAGCGUCUCGAAAGCUUGCGUUUUUUUCUGGUUGAUUGCCGACCAGCAGAACAAUAUAAUGCUGGCCAUUUACCAACAGCGUUUCAUCUUGAUUGCAAUCUUAUGCUCCAGGAGCCGUCAGCGUUCACGACCGCUGUCCAAGGGCUACUGUCGGCACAGCGCCAGUCGCUCGCUGCGCGUUCAGCUGCCAGCGGUGAACACCUAUGCUUUUUGGGCUCUGGGCGCAUGGAGGAAGAUCAAUACACGCAUAUGGUCAUUGCGUCGUUUCUACAGAAACACACCCACUUCGUCAGCAUGUUAAAAGGAGGUUAUCAAGCAAUUCAUGAAUAUUUUGGGGAAGAAGUAAGUUUGCACUUAGAAGAUCAUAAAACAAAAAAUUGCCUUGCUUGCAUUCCUGAACAAACGGAUACUACUUCUGUUGAGUCCAUCCAGACAAAUAGUAGUUCAUAUUUUCUUGGAAAAAUUAGUGCUGCAAUGAAAUCAAAAUCAGCAGAAAUGAAAGGAAAACUGUAUGAAUACAUUGUGAAUCCAGCAGGAGGUAGUGCUGUAGAUCGCCACGUCAGUUGUUCAGAUAAAUUGGAUAAACGCUAUCGCAAUAUUGCGCCGGUUUUCAGCAUUGAUGAUGAACAAGAUCCAGAUACCUCAGGGCAACCUAGUCCAGAAAGAGAAGACAAUGAAGAUGUUGUUUCCCUUUCAGUUUGGCUGAAAAAGCCAGAUGUAAUAGAAUCAUUCAAAUGCCAUGAAGUAAAAGUAAAUGGACAUAUGUUUGAAAGCUACUUACUUGUAACCAACAGUCACAUCUACGUUCUGAGAAACAUCCCAGGACGUCGAGACUUCGCUCAAAUUAAAGUGCGACGACCUCUUUCAUCAAUAGUGAAGAUAACAUCUAAGAAAAAACAUCCAGAAAUUAUAACAUUUAAGUAUGGUGUUCCAGAAGGAGAUUCUCUAGUUGUGUCAGAUUUAGACAAGACAUCAAGAUUUCAAGAAGUAUGGAAGAAUUUUGUAAGAAAAAUAUGAAACAUUGGUGAAUGUUAUGUGUUUGUUAUAUAAACUAUCCAAUGAUGUUGAAUUUGUGGAAAAUUUAUGAUUGAAAAGUUCUAGCAACAAUAUACCACUUUCUACUUGCUUCUCAUGGGUUUCUUCAGUGACAGAAAAGAUGAAUACCAGUUGAUUUGUAAAAGGCUGCUUCAUUAAGUGGAAUUUUUCUGAAUGUGUUAGUAGAAAGUACCAGUACUUUUGUAAAGUAUUUCUACAUGUAAUUGGUUAUGUAGUUCUAAUAUUUCAUUUUUAACUCUUACAUUAAAAACUUGAACUCAAAUU